AUGCCUCGUGAGAUUACCGAUAUUAAGGAGUUUUUAUUGACUGCUCGUCGAAAGGAUGCAAAGUCUGUCAAGAUUAAGAAGAAUAGGGAGAAUACCAAAUUCAAGGUUCGCUGUAGCCGUUUCCUCUACACUCUUGUGGUGGCAGACAAAGACAAAGCGGACAAACUGAAACAGUCGUUGCCUCCAGGUCUUCAGGUUAAGGAACUUAAAUGAAAAGAAAAAGAUAAACAGGAGUUUUUGGUAUUUCGGAACGUUU